AUGGCGGUUCCGAUAAUUUUAAAUUCAGAAGAUGCCGAAGACAGUUACAGAUCAUUAGAUUUUUUAUUAGAACAACUUUUGAUUACUCUAAGACAAGUGUUAAUGUUGAGGAGACGAGAAGCGGCGUCGGCGUCGUCACCGCCGUCAUCUUCGUCAUCAUCAUCAUCGUCGUCACCGUCAAAUUCUCCAGCACAACAAACCGUUAGACAUCGACACGUUUCGAGCGAAGAAAGAAACGCUGAUGAUUUAUUCGAAUCGACAGCGAGCGAACCGGAAGAAGCGACAAGGGUUUCUCCCGAAGACAUCGUUCAUCAAUCUAGUUUACCACUUCCCGAUUUAGUUUUGGAAUCAUCGUCGUCGUCGACGUCGUCGCAAAAUUAUUCACAUUUAAUAAAUCAUCAUAACAUUCAUCAUCACAAUCAGUUGCAAAUUCAGCAAAGGCAAAACCAACACUACCAUCAUCACCACUCACACCAACACCGCCACCACCCCCGUAACCAGCAUCAGCAACACCAACGAGAACGUCAGGAAGAAGGCGAAGAAGAAGAAGGACGGGGAGUGCAGAAAGAUAGAGAUAGAACGAUGAUACAAAUUGAACGACGAACCGAAUCAAGAGCUCAAGCACAAAAUUGGGCAAGGGUCGGAGCAGAUUUGAAAAGAGUCGCCGAUCAAUUGAUGGCAACAAACAGGCUCGAUCAGGUUGUACUUUUAAUUAACGGUUUAACCGUCGUUUUAAGAUUAUGUGGCAGAAGACUUGAAAAUAAAAUUAAUGAUAAUAUAAUAAGACUUUUUCAUUUGAUUUUUACUAAGAGAUUGUUUACAAACAAAACAAAACAAAAACAAAAAAAAAUUAUAAGUCGUUCAUUAACAAUUACAAAAAAAAAACAAUUCCUGUUCCAUGAAGAAGAUAAAAAAACAAAAAAUAAUAAUAAUAAUAUUAGUAAUAGUAAUAAUAAUACUAAUACUACUACUACUACUAAUAAUAAUAAUAAUAAUAUGAAAAACGAUACAAAAGACGCGAGUCUUUUGUCAAUAUUUUGUCCGCCUUUGGGAGGUUCCGUAUGGACCACGGUGGCACUAAUCGUCGGAUGGGGAAUAUUAUCACGAGCCAGAUGA